AGGAUGACGGACUGGAUGUAAUUUUUGUAUUACACUGUCACGUCUUUGUAACGAAAUAUUCAGCGCAGUCUAGAAGAAAAAACACGUGUUUCUGUUUACAAAUCCAAACUGUCAUGAAGAGAAAACUUAGAGAUACAACUGAAAUGGUCUCUGAUGAUGAUGAUGAUGAUGAUGAUGCCAGUGAUGAUGAUGGAAAUAGCAGUGACAGUGAAGGUUCAGACAAGGGGGCAAGUGAUUCGGUGAAUGAAGAUGAUGAGAAGGCUGAUCUGCAGGCAUCUGUCAAGACUGGAUCUAAACAGAAGCGUGCAGUUGCUGAAAAUCAGUCUAAACAAUCUGGCGAGCCAGUCAGUAAAGCUGCCAGACUGUCAAAAGGUGAUCUGUAUAAACCACCGACCAACGAGGAGCUAAACCAACUGAAGGAAACAGAAAAUCUUUUCCAUUCAACAUUAUUUAGAAUGCAGAUUACAGAACUUCUGUCAGAAGUGAGUUUGAAAACAAAGAGGAGGAAGGAGAUCGAAAACACAGUUUCCACUUUGAAAGAUACAGUCAUGGGUUUAAAGAAAGGUGUCAAAUAUGAGCUGCAAGAUUAUUCAUGGUUAAAGGACUCUGGGAUAGAAGUUCCAUUAGCAGUGGAACACUCCAACGUUAAAGGCAGUUUUCACUUUAUUCCGCCAGUAGAUGUGAGGUUGUCGGGAAGUUUUGUCUUCGAGACUUGUAUAAAGCCAAAUGUUACUGUGGACCUGAUAGUUGUUAUGCCAAAGGUAACCAAUGUCCGAUUGGAUCAGGACUGA